UUAGUUGUGGAAUGGUUGCGUGCGCUCUCGCGGCGUGGGCUAGGUUUCGCGUUCGGCUUUCGCUAGCGCCGUCAGCGCUGCUGGGGGCGGUAUCGCCGGGCCGCGCCUGCUGUUUGCAUACCUUCGGUGCCGAAGGAUCCCUGUAAUAAGCAGCUGCGGCUUCGUGUUUCGCGCAUAUAUCAGUUGACACACGGCAACCGCCGCCGCAGCGGCAGAGAUCGCAGCGAUCUUGUGUGUACUACGACGUCACCGCCAGCAGUAGGGGUGACGGAACUAGUGUGAACUGCGGCGCUCGCCCUCUAAUUUAGGCUUAAAUUUCUCGUGUCGCCCUGUUCCUGUGACAGUGAACCUUCUUUGUAGCACCAUUUGCCCCACGUCUCGUCGAACCAGCGCGAGUCCGUGACCCCGUCCUGACGCAACGACAGGAAAAAUGCGCAGGAAAAGUGACCUCGUGAAUCACAGCGCGUUCCGCUGCUGCUUCUGCUGUCAUGUUCGCACUGGCACGGUGAUUCUUGGCAUCUGGCAUUUGAUUCUCCACGUCCUCGCCUUGGCGAUCCUUGUCAGCAUGAUGCUGCGGCCGGAGCUGGUCGAAAAGCUGUAUGGAAACAACGGAUCAGCGACGCAGCUCUCAGGCAGCUUCAUCACCCGCUUCCGUCCCUCCGUCUACAACCACGAACUCUCAGACAUGGCCAACGACCCCAAGCUGGCAAGCAUUCGCAACGGACAGCAGCAAGAGGACCUUCAUGUGGCGCUAGCCAUCACCGUCUGCACUGGAGUUGUGACCCUGUUGCUACUGUAUGGAACUAUAUGGGGUCAGCCCACGUACCUAAUGCCGUUCUUCUGCCUGCAAGUGUUUGACUUUGUGCUGUCGGCGCUGACGGUGGUGGGCUACUUCUCGUACAUGCCGGACGUGCGCCGGCUAGUGGCAUCAUCGCGAGAGCUACCGCUGCAAAAGGAACUGCUGCGUCUCGAUCCACAGUGGCUCUGCACUGUCGUCAUGAUUGGCUUCGUCGCCUGCAUGAUGAUCAAGGCCUACGUGAUGGGCAUCGUCUGGUCCUGCUACAAAUAUCUGCGACUCCGGCAAGAAGCCAGCCUUCCCGAUGUUGAAUCCGAUUCUGAGGUGUUGCCGUAUGGCCAGGCUCUGUUGCCUCCUGACUACGAGACAGCGACCAAGAUGCCCGCAUUUGUGCCCGUCUACGCACCUCCGCCGUAUCCAAGCCACAGCACCUGAAUUUCGGGUGUCGCGGCAGACAGCGCAAGGGUGUAGGUCCACCACCAGCAAACAGAUUCAGAUUCUAGCUGUCGGAAUGGCGCUUGACGGUCUCUAAAAUGAUCCGUUCCUGUGCAAAUUUUGGCGUCCCUCGUACAUUUUUUAUGUUUUCUUUCUUGUUUGCCCCGUCAUUUCACGAAUGCACCUUCAGCUCCACCCUUGUCACGUCAUAGUCCAAAUUGAGGACUGCAUGUCUUGGACAUGACGAUCAUGCCGUUUUUUUUUUUUCUUUGCUUUUCUCACACCAGUAAGAAUGUUGCAACGAGCAAGUUCUAUGCUAGCUGUACCCAGGGUUCACGAAAGGCUUUUAAUAGCUCUUUGGCAGAUGGUGAAAAAAAUUAUUUCAAUUUGAGGGUGCUGUGAAGAUUCUGUGAGUAUUAUGAAUUGCUUUCGAAAUGUGCAGCCCAACUUGUGGGUAAGAUACGUUUCACUUGUUCUUGUAGCUGCAGAACAAGCUUCAGAAUUUGCCUAGCUAUGCGAGCUACUUGCUGAACAAGACUAAAAGCUACAUUAGAGUUCAGCAUUUGCUUAUUUGCAAGCGUCUUCUUUGACAUCCUUGUAGUAGGGGGAAACCGUAAACAAGUUUGUCAACCAACGUUAACAAACGAGACUGCGCGUUAGUGUCACUUGUUAUAAAAUAAUUAGAGCCUCAGUUGUAAGUGUGUGACCCACGUAUUAUUUUGCUGAAGGCAGUACAGUGUCCGGAGCGCUCGAACUUUAUUUUGAAUUCCAGCAACUAUAGAACUUCCCCCCGUUUGCUGUUUCUUUCUCGAUGAAUAUACAUAUUUCCUCAAAGAUGUGGAGGCCACGUUAUACACUCAGACUUCCUGAUAACAAAGUGACACCUGUCUCAUAAAUACUUCAUUAUAUCCAAAAAUUCGUCAUAAAUAUACAUUUGCAGCACUGUAUGUGACAAGGCUAUUUUUUAUUUACUUCGUUAUAUCCGUGUUAUAUCAAGGUUUGAGUAAGAGUCAGCUGCUCUGCAUAUCUUGAGGAGGAUUCGUUUCGGAGCUUCAAACCCACUUUGGUGCAAGAUCAUUGGGCCUCGUAACUGCCGUUGACUAAGUGUGCACUGCUUUACAUUUUUGGGGGGGAUGGGCUGUAUGGGAAUAUCUCCAAGCUACUUUUCCGUCAUUUUUCUAUCUCAUUCUACUCUAUCCUUUUGCUUUACAGCCUCGUGCAUCUCGUUAUCACGCUGGUUCGCGAAAGAAAGCGCCGAUAUUUUAGACUGUCUGCUCGUCUCUGUGGGGAACCCCCUCGUCCUAGUCAUGUGUUCUGUUCCGUGUGCUUGCACAAGCACCUUUUUUGAACCAAUCAUGUUGUAUAGCUCUUGUGCCCAGAUCCCUGAAACCUGGGUCUUGCCCGAGGGUAGCGAUGCUCUGGGCACUUGCGCGAUGGGCGCUCGAUAACCCUGACAAAACGUAUUUUAUUUAGUGCCUGUCCAGACGUUGUAAUGAGUUUCAGGCGCGAACCUGACAUGUUUUGGGAAAACUGAGAUAACUCUACGAGAUGUAGGGUUAUACAUUUGUGUUGUACAUAGGUGGCAGCCGACACCGCAUGCACGUUGUCUGUUAAGAGUGCAGUGUUUUAGAGUUUGCCUGCUUGUUUCGAGUUAUCGUGGGUGCUACUUGAGUUAGUGCAGAUUUCUUUUACAUCAUUCCUUAUUUCAUGGGUGAUUUGCACAGAAUUCUAGUAGUAUUCCCGCUUCCCCUCCGUGAGUGUAAUGAAGAAAAACUUGUUUCUUGCCAGGGAGGGACAAAAAAUGUCUUUGCAAUGUAGCAUGCAGUCAAAUAAAGUUUGAAAAAUGGA